CACGCAGUACUCACCAGAGGUGCCAGUGGCUGUUUGCUGUUGUGGUUACGUUUUAUUUGUAAAUCGUAACCUGUUGGCGUUACGCUCGUUUUAUGAAAUAUUAUUCACGACUGGAUUAUCCGCGAUACUAAUUUUACUCUCCACACAACACGUUUAUCGAGACGCGUUUGUACGAUGGAGGAAUACGACGAAUCCUCGGACGUCGAGAUGGUGCCUAUUGAGGAGAUGGAAAAACCCAGGGACCCUUUGACAACAGAGCCACAGGUGCAGACGCUGGAUAGUCAUCCUGAGAAAUCUAUAAUAUUUACAACGGGUAUAGAUGUAUUUAGCGAGGAGGAGAUAUUGAAGAAGAAGGAGCGAGCGAAGCGGUUUGGCUUAACGGAGGAGGUCAAGGAUAAUCAAGAAGAAGAUUUAUACAACAGCAUGGGUGUCACGGAUGAUGAAAACGCAAAGAAUGUCCGACUGAGUGUGAUUCACAUGAGGGGCACUGAAGAGAUGAGCACCAAAGACGUAUUCGAGUAUUUUCAAGAUUAUGCUCCGCAGUCCAUUGAAUGGAUUAACGACGUUUCAUGCAACAUAGUCUGGUUUGAUAACUCAUCGGCAGCUAGAGCCAUGAUGGGAUUAUCUAAGAGGAUCAUAGGUAGCGUUACAAAGCAUUCAGAGCGAGAGAAUACUGACUCCGAGAGUAGAAAAGAGGCUGACGUAGUGAAUGAAGAGAAUGUGCCUGCUAAUGCAGAAGAGGAUAAAAAAAACGAAAACUGUAUAAAUAUUAAAGACAUCGAUUAUCCGUUACCCCCGGGUAUAUGGAGGAAAGGUAUCGAUUAUCCAAAGUCUAAAGGGAUCUUCUUGAGAUUCGCCACCAAGAUGGACAAGAAACAGGCUAAUGCGGAAAAGAUGAGCGAAUAUUAUAAAAAACAUGGAAACCCAAAUUUCGGUGGUAUCAAGGGAAUCCUAACGGAAUCACGUAAGCGUAUGUACAGAGAGAGCCGACAAAACAACAAACGCAAGUUAACAGUCGAGGAAAAAGAUCGGAAUCAAACGAAAAAUCCGUGGGGUGCGUUGUCCGAGUCGUGGGGAAUGAACGACGUCGUGGAAGAUGACUUUCUUCCAAAGAACGGCGUUAAAGAUCAGGGACGUAGCAUAAAGGAGAGAUUAGGUAUCAAGUACACGGAUAAAGAUGCGACGCGAGCGGAAGAGUCGGGGGAGGCGAGCUUGAGUAGUGACAGUGACGAAGAUUGGUGCAAGCGCAGCAAGAUCCCCCGCAUGCGGAUGCACGCCGAUGACGAGGAGGAGAAAGUACAAAAGCGGCGAGCAAAGCUUCGAUAUCAAAUGGUCCUUAAUAACUUAAACGCCAGCGGUGACUUGCGAUCAAGGCUCGGGAAGCCGAAGGCGAGAACACAGAUUCGCGAUCCCAUUCAAGUGGUAGUCACAAACACAAACGCGACAAAAUCAAAACGCGACGCCGAUCCCGAGGCGAUCCGAGAUUAUCAGGGCCACCAAACCUUAAAAGAUCUGCAGGCGUCGGAAAGAGAAGAGGGAGAAUGGCAAGAUUCGGAAGAGGAGAACAGUCGAGAUGAAAACGAGGAGCAGAGGCAUGGACAUGUGGUGAUGGAAGAAUACGAGGGGCAAGAGAGAGAAGAGGAGGAAGAGGGAGAAGGACACAAGGAAGGUGAAGAGGACAGUGAUGAAGAGAACACUGAUGUACUGGCAAAAGAAGUUCAAGGCCCUAAAGGAAGCGUAAUAAAAGUAGUACCACCUAAACCACGCAUUGCCUCCACCGUAUGGGCGAGAUUAAAUAACGUGAAAAGCGAAGUCAAUGACAGUUACUUGAAAAGCAGGCAAUCAAGCAGUCGUGACUUAAGGAACACCUUGAAGGGUGAUCUGCGCUCGCGUAUCGGAAAUCACUCCAGGGGACGUUCUCCCUUGAGAAUAGAAGUGAAAAACGACAAGUAUACGAAAGACGACAGUGAUAGAGAGUGAUUCCUGCAUAUCGAUUGUUUGAAAGUUCGAAAUUUGUAAAGACCCCACUUAUUACUCCAGUAUGUAUUAUUUUAUUUUAAGAUUUUACUUUUCCAUAAUAUUUUAUAUUGGCUAUGGUGGAGCAUAGUUCGGUAUGUGUAAGCAUAUAUAUAUACAAAUAUAUACAUAUAAUUUAUAUAUUCAAUAUGAAUAUAUUCAAUUUAACUAAUUCUAUUAAGUCUUUUGUUUUUAUCAUUGGGAAAAUUGAUUGUUUCCAAAAUACAUAUGUUAUGAAAGAGCAAAGGAAAAUAUUAACAUAGAUCCCACUUAUAUGUUAAUCUUCCAAUAAUACUCAUUAUUAUUUUUACUAUCAGACGAGUAAUGCUUCCGAUAAUGUUAUAUACAAAUUCAACAGAUCAUUGUCUAUAAAUCGAUGUAUAUUUCUGCAAAUAGAGAAAAGGGAAAGUAUUGAAAAAAUUAUAUACCUUUAUCGAGAAGUGUGUAAUAGUGAAAAAUAGAAAAAGCAAGAAGUCUUUUAUAUUGUUCUGAAGUGUAUAACCCGUGAAUAAUGUACUUUUUGUACGAAUAAAUUUAGAUAAAAGGGUAACUUUAUAGUUUUUGGGACAACGUCAUGUUCGUUUGUACGAUGAAUCGAGAUGUUUUGUAAAAGCAAUUCAGAUCAUUCAAGAGAAUGAUGUGAGAAGAAUGAAAUAAAUGAUACUCUUGCAUGCUA